CCCCGGCUCGUCACAUCCCGAGCGCCGUGGGGCUGCGCGCACUUCCUGCCAGCCUGGGUCGGACGGUUUUGGGGAGCAGCAGCAGCUCCACGCCGGCGGCAGCAGCAUGUCAGCAAGUGGCCCUGGAAGCUCAAAUGUUGCUGCUGGCAGUAAUCGUCGUCUUCAACAAACACAACACCAAGUAGAUGAGGUGGUUGACAUCAUGAGGGUGAACGUGGACAAGGUAUUGGAACGAGAUCAGAAGCUGUCAGAGUUGGAUGACCGUGCUGAUGCCCUGCAAGCAGGAGCUUCCCAGUUUGAGACCAGUGCAGCCAAGCUGAAAAGAAAGUAUUGGUGGAAGAACUGUAAGAUGUGGGCAAUAUUGAUAGCUGUCAUUAUCAUCAUCAUCAUCAUCAUUAUUGUCUGGAGUACAUCUUUAUGAGUUACAGGAAGAAACUCAGAUCAACUGAAGAUGUCUGUCUUCAGCCUCUCUACUUCAAACCUGCUGUAUUUUCAGGCCUCAACUGCUGUUGAAAGCAAAAUUAUUUUGAUUACUGAAAUAUUAACUUUACCUGGUUGCCUUAAGACACUCCUAAUAGAAACACUAACAAGCACAGCCCGCAACUUGCACAGUGCCUUGAUCAACUGGAGCAUGGAGCUGAUGAAGAGGAUUUGGUUCCAGAGUUUCCAGACUUAACACUAUAGCUAAUUAUAGACUUCCUAGAGUGCUUUCAGAUUUAUAUUUGAUCCUCUUCACCUGUCUGCCCUCCCUCAGCCCCAUUUUGGGGGAGAGGGGGGUUGUUUCACACACCUAGAGAGGGAGCAGGAAUCCCAUCCGUGCCUCCAGCCUGCCUCGCCUCAAUUAAACAUGGUGAUUUCAAGCUG